AUGAGCGAUACGGAAAGCACACAGACUACGUCAACCUCUAUAACAUCAAGAACGUCCACAACCCACACCACCACCUCCACAAAACCCCCGCAACCAACCACCCAAAUCUUCCCUCUCGCCCACCCGCCGCCGCCCAAACACACCCUCCGUCUCACCCCCCACCUCACGCUCCAAAUCCAACAACUCACGCCCACCUCCCGCCGCCCCAUCCCCAUCCUCGAGGUCUACCAACCCACCCGCUUCGGCAAGACCCUGGGCGAUGCGCCCCGCAAGCUGACCGCCCGGGAUAUGUACAUCGUGCAGAGCGAUGGAUAUGCGCAUCUACCGGAGGAUCAGAGUCAGGGGGCCGUUGUGGGGGUGAUUUAUAUGCCGGCGAAGGAGGAGAAUCGGAAGAUGGCGUUUCCGGGCGGUGGGGUGUGGUUCCCAGUUGGGGAAGGGUGGGAGGUUAGUGUGACGGUGAGGGGAGGGUAUCGGUUUAUGUUUAAGGGGAGGGCGGAUGGCGUGAGUCGGGUGGUGGAGUGGGAGAAGAGGGUGGCGAAGGGGAGGUCGUCGUCGGCGGCAUCGGAGGGGAGUGAGAUGAAGGGGGAUGUGAGGUUCACGCUGAAUAUUGCCGAGUCGGGCCUGAGGCGGCCGUGGUUGGCGACGUUGACGAAGCAGGGGUUGAAGGUUGGGGGAUGGGAUCGGGCACAGAGAGAGUAUCUGGCUUCGUCGUUACGAAGUGAGAAUGAAGUGGAGGAAGAUGCGGCGCUGUUCACCUCCAUCUUGACGAUGGGGGUCUAUGUGGCGGCGCAGGAGGGUUGGUUGAAUCAAUAUCUCUAA